AGUGGGAAAAAUGAACAUUUAGACUCUUUUGAGACAGAUAACGCGGAUAAUAAGUAUUGGUGGGGAGUGUUUUUGUCUUUUUUUUUUUUUUAAAGACUACCCAAGAGAGAAGAGAGGAGUGGACGGAAUCCAUAGAGGAAGGAAUGUUAUGGGUCAGACCCGGCAGUGAGAACCUGUUGCAUGGGAACCCAGCAUCCUCCACAGCCUCCUUCUCUCUCUCUAGAGCUUGAGGCAAGCAUGGCAGGAUGAGCGUCCUCCAGCAAUGAUGAUGGCCAAAAAGCAAGAUGUCCGGACGCCCACCUACAACCUGGUCGUAGUUGGGCUGUCCGGUACAGAGAAGGAAAAGGGCCAAUGCGGAGUGGGGAAGUCCUGUCUGUGCAAUCGCUUUGUUCGGCCAAGCGCUGAUGACUUCUACCUGGACCACACCUCUGUUCUCAGCACUAGCGACUUUGGAGGCCGUGUGGUGAACAAUGACCACUUCCUCUUCUGGGGAGACGCUGGGAGGACCGUGGAGGAGGGGCCGGAGUGCCGUAUGAAUGUGGUGGAACAGACGGAAUUCAUCGAUGACCAGACGUUCCAGCCACACCGAAGCACGGCACUGCAACCAUACAUCAAGAGGGCCGCCUCCACCAAGCUGGCCUCGGCUGAGAAGUUGAUGUACUUUUGCACAGACCAGUUGGGGCUCGAGCAAGACUUUGAGCAGAAACAGAUGCCCGAGGGCAAGCUUAUGGUGGACGGCUUCUUACUCUGUGUGGAUGUGAGCAGGGGCAUGAACCGCAGCUUCGAGGAUCAGAUCAAGUUUGUGACAAAUCUCUACAACCAACUUGCCAAAACAAAGAAACCCGUAGUACUGGUUCUCACCAAAUGCGAUGAAGGAGUUGAGCGCUACAUUAAAGACUCGCACACCUUUGCUCUCGCCAAGAAAAACCUCCAGGUUGUAGAGACAUCGGCACGCUCAAACGUCAAUGUUGACUUAGCCUUUCUGACACUUGUUCAACUGAUUGAUAAAAGUCGAGGAAAGCCCAAGAUAAUCACUUACUUUGAGGCACUCAAACAGCAGAGUCAGCAGAUUGCCUCAGCAAAGGACCGCUACGAGUGGCUUGUCAACCGAAUUGUGAAGAACCACAAUGAGACGUGGCCCUCUGUCAGUCGCCGUAUGCAGUCAGCCCCAGAGUACAAGGACUAUGUCUUCCUCGAAGGGACGGCUAAAGCCAAGAAACUCUUUCAACAGCACGUGCAUCGACUAAAGCAAGAGCAUAUCGAGAAACGCAGGAAGGCCUAUCUGAGUGCUUUACCACAGGCCCUAUCUGUACUGUUACCACAGUUGGAUGAGAUCGACCACUUGAGCUGGUCUGGAGUUCAGAAAGUGCUGGAGACGAAGAGAGAUUUUUCCCAGUGGUUUGUCGUUUUAGAUGACACCCCAUGGGAGACCACGCCGCACAUAGACAACAUGGAGGAUGACCGCAUCCCGCAGGACCUCCUUGAAACUCGCACAGCUCAGGCUAUUUACGAGACUCACCUGGAGCAGCUGAGGAACGAGCGCAAACGAGCAGAAAUGAGAUGGGAAUUCAAGGAGAAGCUGAGCGUCUCUCCGUUCAUUACUCCAGGGAAACCCUGGGAGGAGGCCCGGAGCUUCAUCAUGAAUGAAGACUUCUACCAAUGGCUCGACGAAGUGGAGUAUUUGGAUAUCUACAAUAAACACCAGAAAGAGAUUAUCGACCGAGCCAAAGAGGACUUCCAGGAGCUGCUUCUUGAAUACUCUGAGCUUUUUUACGAGCUAGAAGUGGAUGCAAAGCCAAGUAAAGAAAAGAUGGGAGCAAUUCAGGAAGUUUUGGGUGAAGAACAAAGAUUUAAAGCAUUACAGAAGCUGCAGGCGGAGAGGGAUGCUUUGGUAUUGAAACAUAUCCACUUUGUCUACCACCCGACAAAGGACACCUGUCCCAACAGCCCCCAUUGCGUGGACUCUAAAAUUGAGCAGAUACUAGCAUCCAGAUUCCCCACUCGCUAUGCAUCACCGGAUAGCUCAAGACUGGAUGGGGGUAGGGCAGAGAGGAUAAAUCUGGUCAUACUAGGUAAAGAUGGGCUUGCUCGAGAGAUGGCAAAUGAGAUAAGAGCAUUGUGUACCAGUGACGAUAGGUACUUGUUGGAUGGAAAAAUAUACGAGCUAGCCCUUCGUCCCAUUGAGGGCAAUGUACGUCUGCCAGUCAAUUCCUUCCACACGCCAACCUUUGCCCCUCACGGUUGCCUGUGUUUGUACAACUCAAAGGAAUCGCUCUCAUACGUUGUCGAGAGUUUAGAAAAGCUUAGAGAGUCAACCAUAAGUAGAAGAGAUAGAGAAAAUAUUCUAGCCCAACUCCCGCUUUCCCUCCUCCUCGUGACUAAACGUGGGGUUGGUUCUAUAGGGGACAUUGGAGGGGAAACCGCUCAGAGUCUUAUCCAUCAGGGACUGCUAGUAGCUGCAAAGCUGCAGUGUUGUUACCUGGACCCAGCCUCGCCGGGCAUGGGCUACGGGCGCAAUUUCAAUGAGAGGCAUCUCAACCAGAUGUUGAAGGGCCUCUUAGAGUCUCGGAGAAGCAUUCGGAGCAGCUCGCCACCUUUACCCUCUUCAUUGUCCACCCUCAGAGACUCUCAGUCUCAACCAGUUCUAGAAUCCGACUUGAAGGUUGUCAUGUGUCUCAUGUGUGGAGAUACGUAUGAUCUAGAUCAGCUCCUCGCUCCUUUCUUGCUACCCCAGCACUGUCGCCCUGCUGCCAGCCUCAACAGUGGCACUUCGGUCCUGCUGGAUUUGAGUAUCGGCGGUCAGAGACAGACGAUUGAGUUGUCUUUGCUGUCCUUCCAUUCCUCGUUUUCCCUGCGCAAGACAAGGCUUGUCCAUGGCUACAUUGCGGUGUACUCUGCACGCAGGAAAGCCUCCUUAGAGACUUUAUGUGCCUUCCUGUGUGAGGUUCAAGACAUCAUUCCAGUCCAGUUGCUUGCAGUCGGGGAAAGCCAGAUGGAACUUUCAGACUCUGAGUCGGCCAAGGAACAGGUCAGUCAGGGAGAGGAACUCGCUCAUGAAAUUGAGGCAAGGUUUAACACGGUAAUAUGUGGACAUGGGGGAGUCGUAGGCGGACUUCAUAAGAUUGAUCUUUUCCAAGCUUUUCUGAAGGAGAUAGUGGAGAAACGCACAAUCAUCGAGGCAACACACAUGUACGAUAACGUGGCUGAAGCAUGCACCAACGAGAGCACCAGUCCCCGUUGCGGCUCGCCCAGUCCGGUGAACAAUCUUAUGGACUCUGAGGAUGACAUCGACCCAUCACCGCCCUCCUACCCUACCUUGAGGGAGGAUGGAAGUCUUAGCUCCCACAUCGGAAGUUUGAAGCUAACAGAUUUGGAUUCAAGUGAUACAUUUUCCGUCAUUUCUGAGCUCAGCACUUUUGAGAGCAAACUGAACAACAAGGUGCCUCCACAAGUGAAACCCAAACCUGUCCGGAAGGUCAAUCUCGGCCCUUACAUGGAACAGCAAGUUGGCACCAACCGUCGCUCCUUGCCCCAGGCUGUCACCUGGGCUCCCGGGAGCGAUGGUGGCUAUGAUCCCUCAGACUAUGCCGAGCCUAUGGAUGCCGUAAGCAAACCUCGCCAUACAGAAGAAGAGAGUAUUUACUCCGUCCCUCAUGACAGCACGCAGGGCAAGAUCAUUACGAUCCGCAACGCCAACAAAGGCCACGCCAAUGGGAGUGCUGGAGGGAACGGGUCCGACAGCGAGGCAGAUAGCAGCUCGCUGGAACGUAGAAGAAAGUUGUCGGCCAUCGGGGUAAAGCCUAAGCUUUACAGGGACAGAUCCAAACGGCUUGGAAAGUUCAGCAGUUUUAGGACGAGCUUCUCAAUAGGCAGCGAUGACGAGAUGGGGGGCCCGCCCAAGGCUAGCCAGGAUGAUGGAGGAGCCCAGAAGGACAACUCCAUUGAGGAGAAUGAGGACCCCAAAAGGAGGAAUAUCCUGAAGAGCCUGCGAAGAAAUACAAAGAAAACGCGAUCCAAACCCAGGCAUUCCAUCUCCAAACCUAUUGAGAGCAACUACUUCGGAGUGCCGCUGGUUGCCGUGGUAACUCCAGAGAGGCCCAUCCCGGUGUUUAUUGAGAAGUGUAUACGAUUCAUUGAAACGACAGGCUUGAGCACAGAGGGCAUCUACAGGGUCAGCGGGAACAAGGCGGAAAUGGAGAGCAUGCAGCGUCAGUUUGACCAAGAUCACAACCUGGACCUGGUGGAGAAAGACUUCACUAUUAACACCGUCGCCGGCGCCAUGAAGGCCUUCUUCUCGGAGCUGCCCGAGCCUCUGGUGCCCUACAGCAUGCAGGGGGAGCUGGUGGACGCCUUCAAGAUCAACGACAGGGAGCAGCGCUUCCAGACGAUGAAGGACAUCCUCCGCCGCUUCCCCAGGGAGAAUUACGAGGUCUUCAAAUAUGUUAUCAGCCACUUGAACAAAGUGAGCCAGAACAACAAGCUGAACCUGAUGACCAGCGAGAACCUGUCCAUCUGUUUCUGGCCCACGCUGAUGAUGCCCGACUUCACCACCAUGGACGCCCUGACCGCCACUCGCACCUACCAGACAAUCAUCGAGAGCUUCAUCCACCAGUGCUCGUACUUCUUCUACAAUCAGCCGCUGGCCGACGGCCUGCCGGGCUCACCCACCUCCACGCUCUCGUCUUACGGCAGCGGGGGCGGCACCUCGGCGUACUCGUGCAUGGCCGGGGGCUACUCCUCCUCGCCGACUCCGUCCCCUCCAACCCCUUACGUCCUCCCGGCGACGCCGCCUGUGAUCCCUCACUACGGCCCCCCGAUCCACCACCAUCACCACCACCACCACCACCAACAGUCGCCGCCCCAUUCCCCGCCCCCUACUCCCCAGUCGCCCAUCCCUGCCCUGCUGCCGCCCUCCCUGCACCCCCAUCACCCCCCUACAGAACAACACACGCUGUGAAGCGGGGAUCAAGGGAAAGCGGACAUGGAUGAGAGGAAGUAGGAAGAGGACAUUGACCCGUCACGUCUUGUUUGGAGAGAACACACCUUUUUUUUUUUUUUUGCCACAUGUCACCCAACAGGAUGUUCUUACCACCUGAGUUCACCCGAGGCUCCUUGGAAGUACUGGAGAAGUGGAAGGUAGAGAAGAAAAAAAAAAAACCCAACCAACCGGAUCUGCAGAUUGGAAUCAUAGGCGCACUCACGCCCUUUCAGGCAUUCUCAACAUGUGAGCUGCUCCUCUUCAUCAAGUUACAGAUAAAGGUUUUUUUUAAUCGCAUCAACUUUCCACCCCCUUGCUGGUCUCUUGUGUGUGCGUGUGUGUGUGUGUGUGUGAGAGAGAGUCAUUGCUGCAGUUUUCAGAGCAAGGACCUUGUUCAAAAAGCACUUUCCUGAGCACUUUCAAGGCACAUUUCCUUUUAAAAUACUGGCGUUGGGAUGUCACGUGACAGCCAUUUUUCGCUUUGUCAAUCGCUCACUCAUCCGGGAGCGCACCACUGACAUCUUGAGGACUAAUCGGGUACUGCAAGCCACUAACAAUGGGUCGUUUUCAUGGUGUGUAUAUCUCUGUAGCUAGCUAUAAACUAGCUAGCAUCGUCUCCACAAGAGUCGUCGGGUGUACAGAAAACUAACAUAAACAGUUGAGAUUAUUAGAAAACAUGAAUAUAUGUUGCAGUUUCACUGACAAGCAGUACGUCUACCUGCCGUUGUUCCUAAGAGGUCAUCAAAAAACUCACUUUAUUUCGGAUUGGCCUAAAGUAGCUGGGAAGGCCAGGGGGCUCAUGUUUGGAGGCGCUUUUAUUGAAACAAAUACAUGACAAACUAAUGCAAAGGAGUUUUAUAGCCACACUUAAAGGAAAAAUGAAAUACAACUAUACAAAAGUUACAAGAAUAAAAGAAUACAAUCCAUUAAAAUAAUUUUUAAAAUGUUUUAAAAUUAUUACUAUGACUUUUUUGCCAAUUGAUUUAUUCAUUUUCAAUUACAACCCUCACAUUGUUUUUUUAAAAAGGCUUUAUGCUUGUUUAAUUGCUUUUUUCUUUAAAGUUUGACUUCCACCGCUCAUUAAAAUUAACAUUUUUUUCUUUGUAUUAUUUGUACUUAAAAUUUGUGAAAUAUCAGCUUUUUGAAAUAAAACAGGAGAACAUACACAAUUGCACAAAAUAUAAGUAUAUUCUCAUGUAAUUGACAUUUUUUUCUUCUAAUAUUAUCACUUAACACAAAAAUCACACAAAAUAUGACUUUAUUCUUGUAUAAUUACUACUUUUUUUCCCUGAUACGUUUGACUUCUUUUUUUUUUAUUUUAUAAUAUGACUUAAAAUUUUCCCCCCAAAUUUCCACGAAUAAAAUAGUAAUAUUCAAGUUGGGUUUUUUUUGUAAUAUUUCCAUUUUAUUCUUGACAAACUUUUUUUCCUCAUCAUCCUAAUAAUCAUAUACCAUAAAAUUACAGCUUUUUUUCAUGGAAUAUGACUUUACAGUUAAGAUGACCACAUUUUUCAUGAUCUAACAAUAAAACUGCUUUUAUGAAAAAAAGUUGUGCCCAUAUAAUAAAAAAAUGCUAAUUUUUUUUCUUAAAUUUAUUUUUUGUAAUAAAUUUUCCUUUUUCUUUUCAGUGUGGCCCUAAUAUUUUUCACAGCCUGCAUAGCACAGUGUAAUUUUCCAUGGGACUAACAAUCACACUGUAAUUUCCAAAACCUACUACUCAACACUGCCCCCGGUGACAGUGCUCUGCCACUACACCCGGCUGUCAUUUCCCAUUUGAGGGCCUCAAGUUGUGUUUUUUGUCGGGAGCGACGGGAACAGACAGUUCAUUCAUGUGUCUGCAUGACCGGAAUGGAGCAUCACAAAUUCCCGGGGCUCAGCCUGCUGUUACCGUGGAAACCAGCGAGAUGGGCCGAGAGGUGGAUUGAGCCUUCAUCCCAAUUGCUUUUCAACUACAUUUUUGUGUUUGAGAGCGUUAAACAGAUGCUCGGCAAGGUCACCUGCGACUGCAUCUCCUCGGAAGCCCCUCGCUGGCCCUUAAAGCCUUUUAAACAAUUACAAAACUCCCACAGGAGCUUUUACACUACCUAUUUACCCCUAAUGUGUGUGUGUGUGUUUGUGUGUGUGUGUGUGCUGGACUGAGCUGACGUCCAGACAGCAGCAUCGUGAUCCAAACAAACAUGACGGCGAGGAAUGCUCAUCCGUAUUAUGAGGAGGAGGCAAAGAUGGCGGCAGGGCUGAUUAUGGGAGGAGUGUUGACCACUGGUACGUGUGUGUGCGUGCGCGUGUGUGUGUGUGUACAUCCGUGUGAUGAUACUGACUGUGAGGCAGCCAAAGACUGGGCAAAAAGGUGACACUGCAGAAUGGAAUAUUAGAAAAAAGAAAAAAAAAAGACUUUUUAUGAGUCGGCAAUGGCCGCGUUUUCUUUUGCAACUGAUGGUGACAGAUGUCUGUUAAGUUAAUAUGAAAACUAAACAAGCCAACUAUAUAGAAAGUGUUCUUCAAUGGUUUAUUCGGGGUGGGCUGGGGUCUAACAUUUGCCCUUUAGUCAGUGGUGAUAGUAAAAAAAACAUCUUAAGUUUUUAUGUUAAUAAUUCAAAUGAAAAUGCUUUUUUGGGGGGGUGCCCACUAUAGUGCAUGAAUUCUUCCCCAGCAAGGAAGGAAGGAGGGCUUCACCACUCUGACUAUUUAAGAGAAUAUUAUGAACUAUUUGGGGGUUGGGGGGGGGGGGGGGCAAAGGAGGGUCAUAAUACAAAGGAAACAAAGUAAUGAAGUACUGUAAAGUGAAAAGAUAACCUGUCGAUGCUGAGUAUGGUCAUUUGUCUGGAUGGGAAUGGUGUAUACAGCAAGGCCUUAUGUGAUCUGUAUCAUAGUUAAUAAAUGAAAUCUUGUACAACCACGCCUCACGUCGGUCUCCAUCUUCAGCUCAAAAAUGUGAUAUUUGUGUGGAAAAAAAGGUCUGGACCCCCGAAGCAGAGGCAUGAGGCGGAAAAAUAAUUCCACAACAAAGAAGGGAGCAGAAAGCACAGGUCAUGGUUUGCCACAGCUUCAUUGAAAACGACUAGAAGAUGCAACAAUGACCAAAAUGGAAGAAAGAACCGGCAUCUCACACCUCCAAACAAUUGUUUUUUGGGUGCCAGACGGCCAAUCAGCAGCAGCCAUGUCGAGGACCUCUGAAAACAAAAACAAAAAAAAAACCCACAAAGACAAACACGGAAUGUAACACAAUGGGUUAAUCUGAAAGUACCUCAUGUUUUCUUUCAUUAGCGCUCAUAAAAUGUGAUUUUUCCCAAGUUUAUACAUGAAAAACCAACAGGUGGUGCCAAACAAGUCAGUCUGAGCUUUUCUUCCUGUCUCGCACACACUUUCAACUUCAAUUGG